CCUGGCGCGGGGCCGCUGCGUCACGGUGACGUCGCGGCGUCGCUGAAGUGACGCUGUCAGUGGUAGUGGUAAAAAUGUGCGGGCUCGUGCUGCCGUUACACAUCUCCGCGCAUCACUCGUGCGUUUAAACCUUCCCAGCGCCGCCCUUCACGCAUGGAGUUGCGCACCGAGACGGUCCUGGCGAGUCUGGAGAUGUCGGAGGUGAAAAGCGACGAGGAUUACGAGAGUUUGCCCGCUCACGCGUCCCUCUGCACGCACAUGACAGCGGGCGCCGUGGCCGGAGUGCUGGAGCACACAGUCAUGUACCCCGUGGACUCGGUCAAGACACGUAUGCAGAGUUUACAGCCGGACCCGAAGGCCCAGUACAGAAGUGUGUACGGUGCACUGAAGAGGAUUGUACAGACAGAGGGCCUCCUUCGGCCCCUGAGGGGCCUCAAUAUCACUGUGCUGGGAGCCGGUCCCGCACACGCACUCUAUUUCGCCUGCUACGAGCGGAUUAAGCGCAGCCUUAGUGACGUCAUACAGAACGGCGGCAACAGUCACAUUGCUAACGGUGUGGCGGGAAGUGUUGCCACUGUCCUCCACGAUGCUAUCAUGAACCCAGCAGAAGUGGUGAAGCAGAGGAUGCAGAUGUACAACUCUCCAUACCGCAGCCUGUAUGACUGCGUCCUGACGAUCAGUCGCAAGGAAGGACUGGCCGCCUUCUACCGCAGCUACAGCACUCAACUGACCAUGAACAUCCCCUUCCAGGCCGUCCACUUCAUCACGUAUGAAUACAUGCAGGAACAUUUUAACCCCCAGCGCCAGUACCGGCCCGAGACGCACAUCCUGUCUGGAGCGGCGGCCGGAGCCGUGUCUGCUGCCGUAACCACUCCGCUAGACGUGUGCAAGACGCUGCUAAACACGCAGGAGAACGUGGCGCUCAGCUCGGCGCAUGUCAGCGGACAUCUCUCUGGCAUGGUCAACGCGCUCAGGACAGUGUACCGGCUGGGCGGCGUGCCGGCCUUCUUUAAAGGCAUCAGAGCGCGGGUGAUUUAUCAGAUGCCGUCUACGGCCAUCGCCUGGUCCGUGUACGAGUUCUUCAAAUACUUUCUGACCCAACAGGACCCGCACAUCCAGGAACUGAGGAGGGACGCUCACAAGGCCAGCCCUACAUGAGGCCCGCUAGCGCUGAAUCUGUUCAGCCCAUCCAAAGAGUGAGCGUGAGGACCAACAGACGACAGAAGACGCCUUCGGCUCAAAGGGGAAAGUAGACACUCAUUUCUUAUGCAGUAGACACUCCAGCCGCUUCUGUGUUUUUGCUAACGUAUUAAUUUAUUGGAAGAGUUUAAUGUUACAAGAAUGUAUGGACGCUGCACACUACAGACAGUUUCUUGUAAACAUGACUGAAACAGGAAGGUAAUUUAUGAUUGAGCGUGAUGGUAUGCCUCUGUAUUUAUAUCUGCUCAAUGACACAACAAACCGGUGCGGUAGAACGUUUUUUUUAUUUUAUUGGCUUUUCUGGACUUUUUAAUAUUUUAGGGGUUCAGGAGAGUUUGCUCUUUAUUACUUUUUUUUUUUUUUUUUUUUUUUGUAUUUUAUAAUUUAAGACAUUCCUGAAUUGUUGCUCAAGAUUAAUAAGAGCAAUUUUUAUUAUUAUUAUUAUUAUUGCCUAAUCCUCUAUGAAAGCUGCCUGAGCUUCAAGCUUUGCUUUUUUGGUUCUAUUUUUUUCUUUUUCUUUUUUUUUUAACCUUUGUUUUAUCAAGAAAAUAUGAAUGCAUAUUGAUCUCAAUCAGGGAAGAUGGCGUGUUUAAUUUGACUUAAAUAAAAGUGUGGCUGUGAGGAAUGGAAGUUCAAUAGGUUCAGUAUUAAAAUCAAGAGGUUUUGGCCUCUGGAAUUUUUACAGUGAACAAACGCAGCCUCAUUUUUAUUCAUGUUCAAUUUAAUUUCAUUAACCCUGACAAAAGUUCAAGAAUAGAUUAUUUGUGCUAUGAAUACUCCAAAUAUUUGACACUUCUAAUUUUAGAUGGACUAAUCUACUGUUGAAAUUAGAUUUCCAAAGAAUUGGAUGCUAAUUUAAUCAAACUGCCUGAUUUCAGUACACUAAAGCGCUUAGGAUUUCUAAAUUAGUUGUUUUUUUGGUGUGAUAACUUUUUCUUUUGCUGUUUAAGGACAUGGUUGUCAACGAUGUAUAUAUGUUACCAGUCAAGCCUGUGACAUAAUUAUGAGAUGUGAUCUAUGCAGUGGGUUUUGCAGCUUUAGAGGUUUUUCUGCUUGUUGAAACCCUGAGAAUGGAGAGCGUGCAGCUCAAAUCCCAAACCCAGAAUGAAAUCUUUAUUCCUUAAUGAAGUAGAUAGGAGGUUUCAUAGCUGUGACAAUCUAUUUCAGUCUGGGAGCAGAUUUAUUCUGUUUCUGAGCCGUUUGUGAAUAUGCAGCUGACUCAUCCUUUGUGUUCUGCCUCUCUGUGAAUCUCUAGAUUCAGUCGCCCAUUCAGAAGAAGGCUUGCCUUGUUUUCCAGUAAUAGACCGUGUGCGAGAGGGUUUUCAUAGUGCUGUCAAACGUUUAAUCGCAUCCAAAAAAUUAUUUUUUUUAGCCUAUAUUUAUGUAUAUAUAAAUACACACAUACAGUAUAUUUAGAAAAUAUUUACGUGUACAUAUAUUUAUAAGUUAAAUUCUAUGAAUAUAAAUAUUUAAUAUAUAAACAUAGCAUUUUCUUAAAUCUAUAUGCAUGUGUGUCUUUUUAUAUACACACACACACACACACACACACACACAUUAUAUAAACAAAUACUUUUAUUUUGGAUGUGAUUUAAUGGUUUGACCGCACUGGUUUCUGCUUCUACUGAGCUGACCGGUUCAGCUCUAGCUGUUCUGUUUGGUCUGUGCCUUUCCUGUGUCCCCUUCUCUCUCUCUCUCUCUCACUUCCUGUUCCCUUGGACUUUUGUCCUCUGCCUUCUGUUUAUUUCAUCUCAGAAAGUUUGGACGUUCUUAAUGCCAGUUUAUUUGCCUUCUGAUUAAAUGCUUAUUGGUUUAGUACUUGAUUUGCUGUGUGUUUCCAGCCCACCGGUUUAUUUUUAUUAAUUUUUUUUGGUUUCUUCCAACUAGCAUCUUAUUCACUACCAUUACGGUAUAGCUUAUAUAUCACUAAUUUACACAUUUGACCUUUCGGGUUGGGGAACAAUGAUGUAUGACGUAUUGAGACUUGUAUAGUGACGUGUUUUAGGUUUUUCUCUUUUAGGGUGCAACUGAGAUGAUGGAUGUGGUGAUAUUUCUCACGAGGGGCAGCGAUAGCAGAUUUUGAUUUGAUUAAGGACAGAUUUCCGUUACCCUUUGGCUCCGUGUUGUACGGUGGAAACCCCAUGGGUUUGCUUUCUCUGGGUCCAGCAUUUUUAAAUGCUGCUUAUCUGUACUUGCUCUGCAAAACUAGCUGUUUUAAAAUGCACAUUGUAUUUGAAACCAUUUUAAAUUGUGUACGUUUUUAAAGGUUUUGCUUUUGGGUCCAAUAUUAACAACACUCCGUUUGCUCUGUGUAUAUUGAUCUUGUCCGAUCAUCACUAUGUACCAUGCUCUCGAGAAAACAUGAAACCGAUUGAUCAAUGUCUUAUUCUGAUAUUUGCCCAUUGCAGUGAAGUGCUGCAGUGUUACUCUAAAUAUGUGUCUUGAACCAAUUCAUGUCUUGGCCGCUCUGUGCGCACAGUGUAGAAGAAGUGGGGAGAUUUUGAAAUAAAAAAUAGUGCCAUCUAGUGUACGCAAGUUAUGUUUUGUUUUUUUACUGCAAUGAAAAUGUAAAAUGUAGACUCUUAAACUGAUUGGUGGAAAUGCUGCUACAGUUUGAAACACUGGAGCUGAAAUAAAAUGCACAAUGAUCAAAUGA